GGCGAGUUUCGAUGCCUGGGCAGUCUCUGGACAGUAAUGGGCCUUCGAUUCGAGCGAAUACUUCCGGUAUUAUUGUUGUUGCAUUGGAAAGAUUAGGAGGAGUCACCGAGUCUUGUUGCUAAUAAAUCUGUGCAGAGGCUCACUCAUUGCUAUUUUUUAGUUGAUGUCCCUAUAUAUUUCUAUGUUUUAUUGAAUGCAAGUAUGCGUUCUAUGUAAUUAAAUCGACAGGAACUGUUUUUAAGGAAAAGAGCAUGCUUUGGCGGAAUUGAAAUUAAGUGCCUCUGGAUGCUAGCGAACUCUGCAACAUCUGAUUGAGACCUGAGAGAGUCAAGGAAAGGAAAGAGUGAGGGAGAGGCUGUUGCUAUCAUCAUGGAUAAGGCGGCCAGAGCUGUGAGAAGGAGCAGUGUUAAGCUGCUGUCUUUGGGAGGUGGGCAUGCUGACCUUCACGUGCUGCUGUCCGAGGUCAAGGACAUGAGGAACACUGCCAAAGCCUUCAUGAAUGCCCAGAAUACAGUGUCCCAAGAUUUCCUGAAGUGGGCUGUGAAUGAGGAAAACAGAGCUGUUCAGGAUGUGGCCAAUCAGCUUGCCGAGUUAAAUCUGUUAUGGACAGAAAUUCAACGAGAGUUUGGGGAGCACCUGAAGGAGUACCGUCACAUGUUUGACAUGAUUCUAGAAGGAGAAAAGCAUGUGGCGCAGUCCAAAAAUAACUUUGCAGCUUGUGAGCAGCGAGAAAUCAAAGCCAGGAAAGAGUUGAAGAAAGCUUUCAAGGUAUUGAGAGCUUCAUCGUCAGAGAUCCAAUCUCUCGAAGGUCGCCUGUCUCAGGCUGAGCGAGCAAAAGAUUUGGCCCAGAUCGAAGUGGCUGAUCGUAUCCGCGAAAACGAAGCUGUGAAACUGAUCCGGCUGAAGGAAGGACUGACUAAAUUGUCCCAGGCUUACUCGGACUUUGCCAGGAAGUGUGCUGUGGUGUUUGACGCUCAGCAGGAUAUUGUGCAGCAGCUCCCAGAUGUUCUUGAUCAGGACCUGGAGGACAUGAAAUACACAGGUUCCGGAGCCACCAGGUAUAGAGUGCAGCAGGCGAAAGAAAAAGUUCACAACUUUCGCAGAGGUAGAGAUGUUAAAUCUGCACUCCCCAAAUACAAUGAGCCACCCCCGCCUUAUUCCGUUGUGGAGGACAUGUCGCCCAACACGUCAGCCGUCAACCCUUCCCCUCGGAACAUGUCGCCGCGCAGGCGUUUGAGCUCGGCUCUCGACAGCUCCCAGGGUUCCUCGGGCCUGGACAACAGCGUCCUCCCUCCUCCUCCGUCAUCUUCCAGCUCUCUGGGCUCGCCGGCCCCUGCCCCUUCCUCGAUGUACCCGUCUCCUCCCUCCUCCUCGUACCCUCUGAACCCCGGCCCCCCGCUGCGACCCCCGGCCCCAGUGGCCGCGCCGGAAGGCCCUGCCGACUCGAUCACCUUGCCUGUGCAGCCCACCUCCAGCGACGACGACAUCCACAUCCCGGCCGUUCCCAGAGUUGCUUCGCCGUCUCCGCACCCACACCCACCCCCGCACAUACACCCGCACAUACUUACCGAGCUGCAGCGACAGGACCUGGCAGACCUUGUGGACUUUGACCCCAACUGGGACCACUGCUACGAGGAUGACCUGUCUGGUGCCAUGGGUGGCCUCAAAAUGUAGUGGUCCGUCUUGUGUCGUUUUAUAUGGCCUCUGUCAGCAGCCUUUGGAUAAGACGAUAAUAAGUAGCAUUAGUAUAGCGCAUAUCCUUACUCAACAGCAAGCUCCAUGCGCUUUGCAAUCUAUAUAUUUUAAUCCUAGCAGACCCAACAAAACUCCAAAUGUUUUAUGUGGCCUCAGUCAGCAGCUUCUAGAAGCUGUAGGAUGAUAUGAUAACUCUUAGCAUUUGUAUAGCGCACAUCAUUACUUGACAGCAAGCUCUAUGCGCUUCGCAUUCUAUAUAUUUUAAUCCCAGCAGACCCUAGAGCCCCUGAAAUGUAGCGGUCUGUCAUGUAUCUUUCUGUCUGCAGCCGCCUCUAGAAACUGUAGGAUGAUAUAACUUUUAGCAUUUGUAUAGCACAUAUUCCUACUCAACAACAAGUUCUAUCUGCUUUGCAAUCUAUAUAUUUUAUUCCCGGAAGACCCUAGAACUUUUGAGAUGUUGUGGUCUCGCCGUGUAUCGUUUCAUGUGGCUCUUGUCAGCAGCCUGUAGAGGCCGUAGGAUAAAAUGAUCUUAAAUAGCGUUUGUGUAUCGCAUGUCCCUACCCAACAGCAAGCUCUAUGCGCUCUACAAUUUAUGUAUUUAAACUGUAGCAGACCCUAUAACUCUCGGAAACAAUCUCGGCUGUCAGUUUUGAGUAGCAGUAGCAAACAGACACAUGCUGGACCUGCCAAAUAUCUGUUAAUUUUUUUUUUGCCUGUUGAAGAGACCUGAUCAGAUGGGGAGGGUUGCUUUUUUUUUUUUUUUGACACAUCUGAGAUCACGGCAGGUAGAAGAUGUCUGAUAGUGUUGUUCUUUUGAUAUGUGUGGCAUUGUGGUGAAUUCAGGUGUUCAUCAAAAUAGUGAAAUCGAGGAGAGCUACAUUUUUCCACUCAUUGAGCAAUUUUUGGUGAAAUUUUUGUUUUCUGGCUCAGCACCCUUAAUGUCCAUUUAAAAACACAUUCUGUGUGCAUUUUAC